GACGUAGGAGGUGGAAAGAGGCGGCGCGAGUAGUUUUGCUCGGUGCGUGCGACUGGCCCAGCCCCUCUUUCCUUUUCCUCUCUUCUGCUCUCCCGCCGGGCGCCUGAGGGAGAGUUACUUAGCGGUUCUGAGGAGCCGCUGUUGUUUCGGCAGGGGAAAAACCGCCGCCCGCGAACCGCCGAGCUCCCUCUCUUUCCAGCCUCUCUCUCUCUCUCGCUAUGGCCAAGGAGGAGAAGAAGCCCUUCAGCCAGUCUAUGGCCGAGUGGCGGCGGUUCAUCUACAACCCCAACAGCGGCGAGUUCCUGGGGCGAACGGCCAAGAGCUGGGGUGAGGAGGGCGAGCGAGCGCGCGCGGGGAAGGGAGGGGAGGGGGCGGCCGGCACGAGGGGCGGUGGGAGGCGAGGCGGGCGCUUGCCUUGCCCGUCACGCAUCUCUCUCCUUCUCCGUCUCUCUCCCUCCCUCAGCUGGCGAGGGGGCCACGAGGCGGGCGGGCGGCGGCAGCAACGGGCCGGGAGCGGCUCUUGCGCGCGCCUUGCCCGCGUCUAAAAAUAGACCACCCGAACGUGACAGCGGGAGGAGGAGGAGGCGGCGGCGGCAUCAUCAUCUCCUCAGACCCACCAAAGAGGUGGCUUCGCCUGCCGCCUUCCCCCUCCUCCCUCGCCUCGCCGCCUCGGGAGCCGACUAGUAGGGGCCCGUUGUGAGGAGGGGGGGCCCUGUUUUCUUAGCUCGUGUCCCCAGCUGACUCUCGCCGCCUUCCUUAUCUUUUCCUCCCUCCCUCUCCCCCCCCCCCGCUGCUCCCCACCGUCGGGGGUUACGGAGGGACCACCUUCUGCCGUUGCCAGGCUCCUCCUUCCUGGCAAGCUGCGUCAGCGUGGACGGGGCAGGGUCCUCUUAGGGAGUCCCCCACCCCCCACUCUCGCCCCAUGUCAGUGAGAGAGAGAGGGAGAGGGGCGGUGGGGCGGGAUAGGGAGGAGGAAAGGAUUUCCCCUCGUGGGUGCGCUCCUCCCGGGGGCUGUUGCAUCUCUUUUUUCGCGCCGGGAGCUCUCGCCACGCUCCUGCCGCCGGCUGCGCUCGGGUGGCGGGGGGAAAGGCUUCAGAACAGGAUGUCUGUUUUCUCUUUUAUUUUCUGCAGCGUUUUUGGUUCCACCAGUAGGUAACUCCCAUCCAGCUUAGGCUAACUCCCGUGGGUGUUUGAAAAGCCGCCAAGCAGGCAUGUGCCUUCUUCCUUCAUCAGAACUUCUCAAGCGCUCUUUUCUUCCCUCAUUAUUUUUCAAACACGCUUUUGUUCUGUCGACGUUAGUUAGUUUGGAUUCAGUCUCUCUCUCUCUCUCUCUCUCUCUCUCACACACACACACACACACACACACGUGUGUGUGUGUGUGUGUGUGUGUGUGUGUAUACACAGACAGAGAGAGAGAGAGAAAGAGGAGGGACGGGUGGAUACUUUCAUCCAGGUUAUAGUUGUGUGUCCCCCCCCCUUCCUUACCCAGUUUUGUCCAAAGGGCGAGGUUUCCUUGGGUUUUCUUUUAAAGGAAGUAUAAAUUGAGGAACUUGCAGAGAAUUGCCUUUAGAAUCAUGGGAGAGAAAUUGCUUAUUUAAAGUACAGUACUUCCAAGCCCCCAUUCCAGACAAUGCCCAUCCAAGGUGGCUUAAAACAAUAAAUUAUAUAAAAACUGUGCAGCUGAGGUGUAGCAAACCAGAGUCAACGAGUAUUUGACUGUUGGGUACAGUGCAGUGUGGACUAUACUCUUGCUCAUUUUGUUAGUAUACAGUAUGAGCUUUGGGCACAUGCUCUGAAAUAAGGAAGAAGAACCCAAAGCAGAGUAUACAUGUCAGGCAGAAGAGGGCUGGCUGUGUUGUGAGCCUUUCCAUUCACAUGGAAAUAAAAUCCUCCUAGUUACUUUGCAAAAUGAAGAGUGGAGAGGAAAUUUCCACUAUCCACUCCUCUCAGACAGGCACACCAAUCACUAGGUUUCUUUCAAGUGUGUGGGUUGAGCAAGUGGGAAGUGGUAAAAAAAUGAGGACAGAGGAAUGCAUGCUGAUACAGUUUCCACUAAUUAUGAAAAGUACUUAAACACUUAACAUGUAAUUGUUCAUACUUCUUGUGCAAGCAGUGUUGGUCUGUGGCUGUGUUGACUGGGACGUUUAUAUUGUGAUGUUUGAAUAAUUUGUUACUUUGGGAAAAUGAUAUUUUAUAAUUUAAAGAAUAAAUUUCAUAAACAGUACUUUGGAUAAUUGUUAAUUUUAACAGUAUUUUUUAAAGUGAUGGUAAGUUUUACGAUAGGGUUGCUGUACGUUGCUGGCAUUGAUGAUGAGGGAUUAUUCCAUGACACUCUAGAAUACAAUUCCUGCUUAAUGUCUGUUGUACAUGUGGGCAUGGAAAAGUUGAAUGAUGAAGUUUAUUAUAUUUCUAAAUAUGACUAAAGUACAUUUUACACACACACAGAGAGAGAGAGAGAGAGUAAAUUGAUGGGUAGAAUCCAAUUGGCAUUCUAAUUUCUGGAAUUUUUGAAAUACUUUUUAAUUAACUGGAAUUUUCAAAAUACACUUUUUACAGAAGGUGGGGAGAGAAAUUGAGAGGAAUUAGAAACAAUUCCUCAUAGGAGGAAAACAGUUUUGCCUGUACAAACUGAAACUGUUCUCAGUUCUGUGUUGCUGCUAAUGGAGAAGGGAAAAUUUCCAGUAGCUUUUGGCUUAUCUGGAGUUAUGAAGUUGAAACCUCAAAUUGUGAUUCAAUUAUUUAAAACACUUCAACCAUUCCUAUCAUUGUGUAAGAUGCUUCCAGAGCAACUUAUGCCUAAAAGCAGUUUACCUUCACUUGCAAACUUGCAGUGUGUAUAGAUGGGAAAAUAAAGUCCUGAGGUUCUGCAUAUGCAGGUUGUGGGUGCUGCUUAAGCAGUACUGUGUAAGAGACAAUGUUAACUUUCCUACUGCAAAAGCCCCCCCUGCCAUUUUUUUUAGCCAUUCCUCUUGGCUAUUCUAUUUUAGUGGAUAUUCUCAGCCUUGUAGAAAAGCAGAUAGCCAAGAUAAAUUUUUUAUCAGCCGGGGUUGUGUAUCCCUUGAAAUCUCACAGUAAAAGAGUUAAUGAACCUCAACUUUCCAGCUCUGUUAUCUUUUCAUCCACUUUUGAUCUUUCUGCUGCUGUUGUGGAUCUGUGGGGAAGGAGAAACUCAAUCAAGGCGCAGAGGGAUGGGGAAGGAUUAAAAACAAUCUUUAUUCUGUGAAAGGAUGUAAGUCAAAAUGCUUGAGGUGUAUUGCAUAGCACAGUUUUCAGUCUUUGAGCACAUAUAAGAAGCCCAAGUCAUAGUUCAGCUUUUCUCCUGCCGCUUUUCUUUUAGCUGUAACUUGUUUUGCUCUAACCAUGUCAUAAUGUGUGUGUGUGUCAUGCAUUUGCUGUACUCUUAAAAAAAACCCCCACAACUCUUUACAUCCACAGUUGCUACAGUUUUUUAAUUCCUAGAGUGCCAAAAUUUAAGUCGUUCCCAUACAUGAACCUAAGUGAAGGCAGAUGAAGGAGUUACAGGUUCCUGAGGGGAUCUUCCUCUUGCUGUUCUGGCAGGGAGGGAGGGACCCCUUGACCCACUGGAGGGUGACCAGGCCAGAUAGGCAGGCAUGCUUCUGUGGCUUUGGGAACAGCCUGCCCGCCAUUGACCCAGCAUGUUGCAGAAGUGAGAGCCUAUUGCAUCUGCUCAGAGCCCCGCCUGUGCAGUGGUUGGGAGUCCUCCCAGGGUUUGGGUGGGGCAUGUGGAGCAGAUAAGAGUCUCUGGCUUGGCCACCAGCCUCUGCAGCUCCUUGUUUUGGGCAUGAAGCUCUGUGGGUAGAGCUGCAUCCAGCACUGGACAGGGGUUUGGGCUCCCCUUGGAGAGGGGAGAGACUGCCUUGGGAGGUGUUGGACUCUCCUUCAUUGGAGGUUUUAAAGCAGAUGGAUGGCCACCUGUUAGGAAUUCUGUAAGCUGUGAUUCCUGCACUGCAGUAGGUUGGACUACAUGAUCCAUGAGGUCCCUUUCAGGUGAAUUAUGAAUUUAAGCCAUAAAAAAUACUUUACAUGCACUACUGGAUUUAAAGAGAGAUGGUGUAAUGCCAUGAAAAUGUUAACCUAUAGCUCCAUUAUUCAUUUUCAUAUAUAAUUAAUAUGUUUUACAGCCAGAGCAGGUGCUGCAACAUUCCAACAGCUUGACCUCACCCCCAAAGGCACACUCCUCCAUUGUCUCCCAAGACAGACAGAUGCCAACCAUAUAAUUUUAAAGAUAUUUUUCAGGGUUUCAUUAUCUGGCAAGAGUUUUUGCAAAUGGCAUUUUUCACAUGCGUAAAACAGCCACAAGUAUAACAUGCGAGAUGACUCAGAAUUUCUUUAUUUUACCCUCUAAAGUUCAGAGACUGAUCUCUUCAACAAAAUAGGCAAUAGCUUAAUGACCCUUUGUUGUGUUGGUAGUUUUGUUUUUUCAUUUGGUGAAUUGGCAAGAAAUGUUAUGGUAGGAACAAAAUCAGGUUAGCUUAGGGCAGUAAAACCUAAGUUAGUUGAGUGUGCUAUGCUGGCCACAAAACAUACUCCCUGCUCCCAAAUAAAAAGAAAUAUCUGUAUUUUUAACUGUGUUCUCUUCUUUGAAGUUCUUAGCACUAAGAAAAUGUAAUGUUACUUGAAAUGCACACGCAACAUUUGCUUUGACCAAUGUAACACCACAGUGUGAAACUUACUUCACAUAAAUGUGUUGUCCCAAGUAUCAUUUAAACCACCUUUUAGGAAUGUCAUAAUUUCUUCCCUGAUAAUUUAAUUUUCCCGCUAGAUAAGGUGGGUGGACAGAUGUUAUUGCUUUUAGAAGAAAGAUAGUAUUUUUAUGUGUUAAUACAUUUAGCAAUUGGAUAUCUUUUUAAGGUUAAUUAUCAGUGACUUAAAUUUGGUAUGUUUAGAAAAGUGUAGAAUUUGUAUUUCUCUACUAGAGCCCCACCAUGCUUCCCCUCAGAUUCAUCAUGGUGGCAGGCCUAGCCUGAUUGGGUCUCCCUAGCUAGGUUGAAUAAGUUCAUCUAGGAUGGGGAGGUUUUUUGGUUCCACAGGCCAGAUCCUUAUGAGGGUCCCCCUGUGGGCAAAACAUGGCAGGUGGGUGGAGUCUCAUAUAGAGAUACAAAAAUUUAGCAGAAAGUUUCUUGCCUUGCUUCAGGGAAGAGUUGGUUGGCAUCCAUCUGUCUCGAGAGACAAAGGAGGAAUGCACCAUUGGGGGUAAAGUCAAACCCUUGGAGAGUUACAGUGUCUGCUGUGGCUGUAGAGACCAAUAUGGGAGAGACAUAUUUUAUUGCAGCUGUGCGCCUGGGGCAGAUGCUUCAGGGAAUCCUGUAAAAGAUUGAAGACAGCCUUGAACACAAAGUGUUACUGAAAUUUCUAAUAUAAUUUAAAAUAAACACCACAAACACAGGAAACUCCUGUGGCAUUUCUCUCACCUGCCAGUGAUGAUAAAUGUUGGGUUUAAAAAGAAACAAUUAGAGUGUUGCCACAGUUAAGCAUAAAUUAGUAGUUACCAUACGGACUUGAUGAUGACCUGAAAUUUGUGAAUGCAUACUAAAGUGGCAUAUGCACAGGGUCUUGCUUUGGAGGCAUUUAUUUGUGGGUAUCUAUAAAUGAAUUCUGCCAACCUAGCAGUUCAAGUGCAAGUGCAGUGGUACCUCGGGUUACAUACGCUUCAGGUUACAGACUCCGCUAACCCAGAAAUAGUGCUUCAGGUUAAGAACUUUGCUUCAGGAUGAGAACAGAAAUUGUGCUCUGGCGGCGCGGCAGCAGCAGGAGGCCCCAUUAGCUAAAGUGGUGCUUCAGGUUAAGAACAGUUUCAGGUUAAGUACAGACCCCCGGAAUGAAUUAAGUACUUAACCCGAGGUACCACUGUAGAUAAAUAGGUACCACUCUGGUGGGAAGAUAAACGGUGUUUCCGUGUGCUGCACUGGUUCGCCAGAAGUGGCUUAGUCAUGCUGGCCGCAUGACCCGGAAGCUGUACGCUGGCUCCCUUGGCCAAUAAAGCGAGAUGAGCACCGCAACACCAGAGUCGGUCACGAUUGGACCUAAUGGUCAGGGGUCCCUUAUAAAUGAAUUUGGUCACAGGUCUUGUGCCAGAAAACCUUUCCCCCCCAAAUUUUCCAAUAAACAUUGCCAUAUAUCGGACAUAUACUCAUGAAACAUUAGUUCUUUGUGCAUAUUACUGCAGGUUGAAUUUUUAUUUUUAUUUAUGCUUUUAGAGAAAACAAUUAUCCAAGUUACGGAUGAAAUAUUGAGGUUGCAAAACUGUUAUAUGGGUCACAGCUUUUAAAAUACAAUAAAAUGAAAGCAUUUAAACUGCCUGUGACAUCUUAUUGAUUAUUUUUGAAGGAAUGAUCAAGCCAGUUAACACACCAAGAUAAAUGUUUUAGACAAAUUAGGAAUUUGCACAGCAGGUGCGACUAAUAUUGUGGUUCAUAAUGUGGUUAACAUUGGGAACCGGAAACUUGCAAGUUACAUGUAGUGUACUUGGCCUCUUGAAAUAAUUUCCUGUACCUCAUCAGCAUUAUCUAUUGAGUUCCUACAGUGUUGAUAUUGCCCAGUGCUUGACCUAUUCAAUGUGCUCACUUUUCAAAUUAUGAAAUAGUCUACCAGCCAAUCAUUGGAACAAGUGCUGCUUCCUUCAUCUACCAAAAAUUGAAGGGUGCUGAGUGCUGCACAGGCAUGAGCCUUCAGUUCCCCAGGGAUAGAAAUGUGAACUGGCUGAAGGAAAGCAUAAGGCCAACCUGAAGCCUAAAGUGAGUGUAUAGGGAGCUGGGCUUGGAGGGCACAUUCCCUGUGGAUUCAUCUCAGGCUAGAAGCCGGGAAAAUAAAUGUCUGCAAGUAAACUACCUACAAAUUAAUGGGAAGUUUGCUGUCCAAAAAUGAUUAAUGAAGUGUUACUUUUGAAUGGCAGUCUUACAUCUUGAAGAAAGAUAUUGAUCUGUCCAUUAAAUUCUCAGCACUUGUUUUUGGAAAUAUCUAUGCAUAUAUCAAUUCCAUGCAAAUGUUUUUGCUUGGUGCCCUUGUUCUCAUCUCUAAACAGCAAUUACUGCAUGCCAAAAGGCAUAUGGGCUGUAUAAACAAAAAAGGUGAUUUUUAAAAAAGUAAUUCCUAGAUAGUAUAAAACUAUCUGUAUAUCAGUGUCUGAAUUAUUACAGCCCGUUAAAGUGCACUUUGGUUAGGAAAUACCUGAUUUAUAAAGAGGGAACUUGAUUUAAAUGGUGGUUCUCAUGGUGAUUUGAGUUGCUGCUUUAAAUACCUUUGUUUUUUUUCUACUCUCGAGGCUAGAUCAUGGGAAAGGUAACUUCCUUAUAGUUAAUAUACUGGGGAAGGGCAUUUGUACCCAACCUAGGGCAUUUGUAAAGUUAUGGAGUUGUAAAGACUGCAUGUUCCCUGUCCAAUAAACUCAUCUGGAAAGAUGCCAAAGCUGUUAUAUUGGGUUUUAAUGACUUUUGGGGGAAGCAUUGCUGAAGGUGAAAGGGUGUCAGAGCAAAGGCAGCAUUUCAGCUCAGCUACUAUGAUUAUUGAGAGGAAAAUGGCAUUGAUAUGUACCAGCUCCAAAUUCUCUGCCUAUUGUAGCAUACUGGUUAGCAGCACUGAUCACUAGUCUUUCAGGAAUCUUGUAUGAGUUUGGGAAAUGUGUGAUACAGCCUUGUAAAUAAGCCUGCAAAAAUUACUUGCCUGCAGUCUUUUCUAUAUUUUUUUACUAGCCGGCUAGGGGACUAGACGUCCAUGUGUCCUUACUGGCUGUUUCUGUGACUAGUAUCAAAAUGCAGGCUACUAGCCUAUUAGCAGAGUAGUUUAAAAUGCCUAUUAACAAACAGACUGGGGGGGCAAGGAAAUAAAGAUGAGGAACGGGUUACUAGCAGGGGCCAGGUGGACUGACAGAGGGUAUGGAGUGAUCUGUCCUUCCCAUUCUGUCACCUGCAUUGAAUUCCUAGUCAUACAGUGGUACCUCCGGUUACAAACUUUAUGCGUUCAGUUCUGGAGGUCCGUUUGUAACCCGAAACUGCUCGUAACAUGAGGUGCGCUUUCACUAAUGGUGCCUCCCGCUGCUGCCGGCGUGCAACUUCUGCUCGCAUCCUGGGGCAAAGUUCGCAACAAGGGGCAUCUACUUGUUAGUGGAGCUCGUAACCCGCAGCGUUCGCAAGGAGGACGGUACGUAACACGAGGUUCCACUGUAUAUGGCUACCCAGUCAGAUUGUUAAAUACAAGGCUAGUGUGGUCUUUCUGUCUCCAUUUACUUUGCUUGCUGGAGAUUAUGCUGCAAGAAGCUCAGUGAUGUAUAGGAAGGGAAAGAGUUUAAGGUGGGUAGUUCUCCCAUCUUCUUGUUCAUUGUUGAGUCUAUUAUCUUGGCUUGAAAGAACAUUUAUUCAUUCCAGAUCAAUUCCUUGAACCAGCCAUGGCCUCCAGAAGCAUUCUGUCUGUGCAUAUGCACACAUGCACAUGUGCUUUAUUGAGAAGUUAUUUCAGAACGUUGGAAACUGUCAUGAUACAAUAUAUAAUAAAAAUGAUUGUCACUUGUUUGCUGUUAGCAUCAUCCAGAAAUCUUAGAACUGUAUAUAUGUUUGUUUUCUGUAACAAUAUGUACAGUAUGUUUGCUUCUACAUUCUGUAGAAAACACUUUCCUAGCCACAAUUUGAGAACUUGCAUCCUAGUUAAGAUGGUUUAUUUAAUUCAGAUUAUUCUCUGAUUGUGGAGUCCCUGGUCAGUCGAUGAUGCUAUCCCACAAAGAUUGUUUCCAUUGGUGUCUGUGCAUUAGUGGAACAGAGUUCUGCUUCUGCCGUGGGACUUCCAUUCCUCUUCUCCCUCCCCCCCCCCGCCACCGGAGCCCUUCACUUCCACUCCAGAGGUUUAAGAGACCCUAUAGAGCAGAUUUGGGGGUGGGGCUGUGAGGAACUGUAAGAGGGAGGAAAGGAAGGUUGCAUAAGCUGAACACAUUCACAUGAUGAUGGAUUCAGCCCAGUUAUAUAGUAAGCAGUGAUUUGUCUUCUGUACUUCACUGCAUGAAAGCAUCCAUUUUGAGAAAUGAUUUGUCAUACAAAAUUAGUAGCUUAACUAAGUAACAUGUCAAAGUAUUUCAUGGAUGCAAUAACAGUCAAAUCUAUUUUUAAAAAUCCAGGUGAUUCCUAGGAAGCACACACACCAACAUGCAGACCUCCUCAAGCAAACUAGAAUUGCUAUGUUAACAGUUUUCAGUGUCUCAUUUUCUUCUUUGCUAACUAAUAUAGGGAAAGUAUGCUAUUGCUUACAAGGAUUUCAGUAAAAAUAACUAAAGUUCUGAUUUUGUUUGAAUGUAACAUUGAAUCCACAUUAAGCAUGAGAUAUCUAUCAACUGUCUAUCUAUCUAUCUCAAAUAUUUCUGUUCCAAUACUCUUGGCUAUUUUUUCAGACCUAUCCAGCACGUAAAAUUAACCUGGCACACUUCAAAGCAUCCCCCCCCCUACUUAGCCAACGUUGAACAUGCUAAAUUAAAUCUCAGUCUUUUUAGGGCAGUGGAUUUCCCCCCCCCCCCAAAAAAAAUCCUGUGUUCCUAAGAAUUGAUAAAACCAAUUAAUAGAUCUUCAUGACUUUUUAUCAUUAAUUACAUAUAUCCAUAGGAUACUGGUGUUUUCAUUGUUCUGCAGUCAAUGCAAAACUCUUGUUGAAACUGCCUGCCGAAGAAUGCAAGCCCAAACAUUUGCUGGUAGGGAAUGAAAGUGCACUGCAGAGUGUCUCGUGGCACCUUAAAGACUAGGACUACAUCCACAUCCACAUCAUCGGUUGCUGUAGUCCGCAAAAGCUUAGUCCACGAUCUAUUUGCCUUCAAGUUUCACAAAACUUUUUGUUUCAACAGACUAACACGGCUAUCCUCUGGAAAGUCUUAACAUCUACUUAAUAAAGCUGACCAUCCAGUCUGGAUAGCAGCGGAGCUAUGUAUGCUCCAUUUCAAAAUGCAGCCUUUCCUCUUAUUUUCCUGUUGUUAAUCUCUCCCCUUGUUUUGCUUGUUUUGGCUGGGGGGGAGGGUUGUCACAUUUCCCUUGAAGUGGGGAGUUUGCAAGCUACAAUAUUUUUUUAUUGUAGAUGUGUCCAGAAGAGUUGUAUGGUCAACGUCUGAGUUGCAGUGUGCCUUCCUGAGGCCAAGGAUCUUGGCAUUGUUGUUCAUACGUUGGUAAUUUCCUUGGAUUGUUGCAUGUAGAUCAUAAAGAGCUUAGGGACCGUUAGUUUGCUUCUAAACACAAUUCAUGGCGAUGCUUCUGACCUAUAAAGCCAGCUUUUAACUGUUAAAAUUACUUUAACGUUUAAACAUACACUUAUCUUCCAGUCCCGUUUAUAAGUACAGUUACUUCGUUUACUAUAUAUCUAGAAAAGUGAGCUUUCAUGAGAGAUGCUUUACAUCCUAUGCAAGAGCCAUCAUUAUUUCAUUGCUGUAUCCAAUAGUGAAGUUUUCUCAACACAGCAGUGAAAGAGGGCCACCACAGACAAGUUGAGGAUUCUGGCAAAUUUUGCAGAUUCAGCAGGUAUUCAGAAAAAUAUUAGUUUGUGAACUUGAGGAAAAAAGAGGGAAAUGAACAAAAAUAUCUUGACCAGCCUGAGACUGCUCAUUGCACAACCACAGUUACCAUGGAGAUUGUGCAUUUCAUUCUGGUGUUCAGAAGUUCAAGAUCAACCUCCAACAAGUUGCUGAGGUACACAGCCCUGCCUUUAAAAAAAAGCAACUGCUGGUAUGUUAGAGCAUCAGAAACAUCCCCACAAUCCUACAGAGGAGUGGCUUGUACCAUUUUAUAUCCUUCUCAUGCCUGCUUUUUUCUGCUGUUCUUUCCUGUCAUAAACCUCCUCCCUUUCCUGAAGCCCUGGGCUUGGAGCAGAAUGCUGUUGCCUCUCUUCUCCCCUUUUUCUCUAGGAAAGAAAAGGAAGUUGCAAGAUGCUGUAUUCUGCAUUGAGGCUGAUUUUAAAGAACUGGUGCUUGAGUUUGCUUCUCUCCCCCCCCCUUCAUUCCUAUCCUCUUUUCCUUGUGUCAUGUCUUUCAGGUAGUCCUUGCCACCUGCCUUACAACCUUACUUCUGAUUUUUUUUAAGCUUCUCUAGGAGCAUUUUCAGUUAAAGAGCAGGGUAAAAAUGCUUUUUUAAAAGAGAGUUGGAGGCAGAGAGCGGAAUCUGGAGUGGGCUUUUGUGGAAGGAAACACUAUGUUUACUGGCCUUUUCGCCUUAGUAUUAAAAAUGGUUCCUGUUGGGCUUUAGCCAGGCAUAUUUUUAACACUUGAUGUUUUUAUGUUUUUUGAUAUGCUGUAAGCUGCCCAAUGUGGCUGGGGAAACCCAGCCAGAUGGGCGGGGUAUAAAUAAUAAAAUAAUAAUAAUAGUAAAUAUUAUUACUAGUACUAGGGACGCGGGUGGCGCUGUGGGUUAAACCACAGAGCCUAGGACUUGCCAAUCAGAAGGUCAGCGGUUUGAAUCCCCGCGACAGGGUGAGCUCCUGUUGCUCGGUCCCUGGUCCUGCCAACCUAGCAGUUCGAAAGCACAUCAAAGUGCAAGUAGAUAAAUAGGUACUGCUCCGGCGGGAAGGUAAACGGCGUUUCUGUGCACUGCUCUGGUUCGCCAGAAGCAGCUUAGUCAUGCAGGCCACAUGACCCGGAAGCUGUACACUGGCUCCCUUGACCACAACCCCAGAGUCAGUCACAACUGGACCUAAUGGUCAGGGGUCCCUUUACCUUACUACAAAAGGCAUGAUUAGGGGUGAGUGCAAAGAACAGACCAUCUGCCUGAGGCAAGGGAGUUGAAUAAUUUGAGAUGGUAGAGAGAAGUGUUUAUGGAAAGCUGUUAGACAGGAGUUUGUGGGAGGGAAUUGUGUAUGGAUGUUUGGGAGGCAGGAAGACUGUGUUAGUUUCCCACUAACAAUCAGUAAUAAUAAAUUCAACAGUUACAUAUUAGUUAACUUGUCAAUUUCAAAAUGCGAAGAACAAAUUCCACCUAAUUUUCCUUCCCUCUCUGAACUAAUGUUGCAUACAUUUUACCGUCAGCAAUAGUAUAUGUGUUGCCUGCCUCAGCUAGCAUGACCAGUAAUCAGGAAAGAUGACCAAUUAGAUCAACCUGUGGGGCGGUGUGAGGGGGCAUCUCUCUUGGGGGGGGGGCAGCUCAGAGAGGCAGUGGCUGUCUGGAGUAUUCCCAAGGAGAGGAGCAGAAGAGACUGGGGGAACACUCCACAAGGGAGGCUGCCGGCUUUGUAGGCAAUGGGUGACAUAACUGGGCUUCUGAGGCUCAGAGCAUGUUUCCCCACAGGGGAGCCACAGAAAGAAUGUAGUAGUUGGUCAAGGGAGCCGUGGAGUCAAAAAGGUUGAAAAACCUCUGAGCUAAACUAUAGGGUGAAAACUUGUGUAGCAGUGAAGAUUCCAAAACUUUGCAGUGGGAGAACUCAAGGCACCUAAACAGCACAAGCUGAAACAACACACCACAACCUAUCAAAUGUUUUCAAACCAAACUAGGGUACUUUUGAGUUUUUCCCUUGUAACACUAGCUAGCUCUUACAACAUACUUAAAGCAAUAUGCAGCCAUCUGAAGGUGGGAGAUUGUGAGAGAUAAUGUAUGCAGCUGUGUAUGAAUGAGCUUGUACUCCUGUCCCACCUGGAUGACUGACAAACAGCUGCAGCUGAACAUUGUACUAAACCCUGCUUGCUUCUCACAGGAACAUGGGAAACUUCCUUAUACCAGGUCAGACCAUUAGUCCAACUAUCUCAGUACUGUUAAGAUUGACUUGAGAGUGACUUUCUAGGGUUUCAGGCAGCAGUCUUUCCCAGCAUUACCUGGAGAAACCAGUAAUUGAACCUGGGGCCUUUUACAUGCAAAUCAUGUGCUCUUCCACUAAGCUAUGGCCUUCCGCUGGAAUGGCUAUGAGGAAGAGUUUGGAGGUUUUUGUUUCUUUUUUCCAUUAACCACAGCUGGCUGUGUCAGCUGCACCAGUAAAAUGUAUUUUUUAACAAGUCAGCUUGUUAACCAUGAGUGAUCAAGCUGGCUUGUAUAAACAAGCCAUAGGUAACAUUAAGUAUAGCUUAUUGCAGGGGCUGCCAACCUCUUUGGGAGCUUAGGCACAUUUGCAAACUUGUGCACACACACUAGAGUCAUACACAGCUGCACACUUGGCAACCACACACAGGCAUGCACAUACACACACACACACACAUACAUGCCAGUAAUUAAGCAUAUGUGUUGCCAUAGUACAAUACCAUCAACUUCCUUUCAUUUAUGGUUCUUCAUCCCCCCUGGAAUUGAGCAUGUGAUGAAAACAGCAGUCAAGGCCAGAUAAUAACCCAACUCAUCUUAUCUCUGCUGUCUCUGAUAAUAGCCCUUCAAGGCUCCAAGAAACAGCUGCAUGGACAUCUUGCUUUGUCUUUAUCAGACUCUGUGUUGUAGAAUCUAUGUCUGCCUAUUUCAUUUUUUUGUUCUUUCAAACUUUUUAAUAUAUUGCUUUUUAAUAAUCUUUACCCUAAAUACACUUGAUUUGAAUAUUUAAGUAUGUUUUGUGGGUAGACGAUCUCUGAUAAAGGUCUGUGUUGCAUUAGAUGGAGUUGCGGCACUUUCUCUCAUAUGAUCUUCUCUAAUGAAAAUGUUCCCUCCUCCAGCUGCUUUUAGCCCUCCAGUGGACAAAAAGGCAUGUGUUCCACAUUGUACCUCACUUUCCCUUCCUCCCCACAGUAGGGCUAUUAGGAGCUGGAUGGGGGCAAGAACAAUUUUUGCCAAGAAAGCAUUGUAAGAGGAAAUAGCCAUAUCUGGUUCUUCAAGUCAUGUGCUAGAUCAGGUAGCCAAUGUGGUGCCUUCCAUAUGUUGGACUACAGCUCUCAUCAUCCCUGACCACUGUCCACGGCAAGGGCUUAUGGGAGUUAUAGGCCAGCAACGUCUGGAGGGCACCAUGUUGGCUACCCCUGUGAAUUUUAUGUUUCCCUAAACAAGUUAUUGAGCAAACAACAUAUUAAAUAUUAACCCUUAUUAUAUGUUCCAGAACACACGUAUGGUGUGUUCUGGAACAUAUAAUACCCCCACUGUAUGUGUGCUAAUAGAUAUGUUGCAGAUGUGCUGGUAACUGCAUGUCCAGUGGGGGCAGGAGGUGCAAUUGUAAUGGUGCUGUCUUAUACAUUUCUGUUCCCCAAAACCUGCUCAUGUUUUCCCAUCAGUGCUGUAAUGGACCAUUGACAUAAGGGUUUCAUUAGUUGGGGCAACCAAGUGGCUGAGCUGCUAGAUAACACAGUGUUGUAACUUGGUGUUCGUCUUGCACAAUAGCAUUUAAUUGCAUUUAAUUUAAAUGCAAAACUAUUUCUGCCCACCAGGUUGGUUGGUUGGUAAGGUAUGCACAAUACUCGGGGAAUGUUGCUGUAGCAGAAAUUUUUCUUCUGCAUCUACUACAAAAUCAUUUCUAAAUAAUACAGCUUCAAAAACUGAAAUGUCAAGUAUGGAAUUAGGGGAAAGACUAUUAAAAGGUAGCUCAAGCAAUGUUGUUGUUACCUGCUGAUUUCAGUAUGGUGAGUGUCAGGUUUCAGCUGAAGUAAGCAGCAUAACUAGAGGGCCAGGUAACAUCAGUAGCAAUACUACUGCUGCUGCUGCUACUACUACUUCUACUACUUCUGUAAAUGCUAGUUCACCAGCUACGGCCUUCCUGGGUGGGGAUAGCCUAGCCGUAGUAUUUUAUAUACAUUACUGUAAUGUGCUCUGUGGACCUACCCUUGAUUCAGCAGCUGCGUUUAGUUUCAUAGCAUCUUCACUGGUUGCCUGUUUGCAAAUGUGUUAAUCAUAAACUAUAAAACCCUAAACAACUUAAAACUCAGAUACCUGAAGAUGCAUUUCUCUGUAUAGCCCAUAUGCUUAGAUCUAUAUGGUAGGCUCUUCUUGCUGUCCUGCCGAUGAGUGAACUCUGCAGUGUGGUGAUAUGAGAUAGGGUCUUCUCUGUGGGAGCACCAUAUCUGUAGAACUCCCUUCCCUUGGAGGUAUGGCUGGCACCAACAUUAUUCACUUUUUAGCAUCAGUUAAAUAUGUACCUCUUUACUUAGGCCUUUGCAGGAAAUUGAUCUGUUUAAUACUAAUAGUAAUGAUGAUUAUAUGUUGUAUUGUAUUGUAUUGAUUCAUUAAAUAUAUUGCUAACUUCUACAUCCUGUGUGCUUUUUUGCAGGCUUAAUUCUGCUGUUUUAUCUUGUAUUCUAUGGCUUCUUAGCUGCACUCUUUACAUUCACAAUGUGGGUUAUGCUUCAAACAUUGCGUGAUGAUAUACCCAAGUAUCGUGACCGCAUUUCUAGUCCAGGUAAGUGUGUAUUCCUCUUCUUGGAUAAAGUUUGCAUUCAGACUCAAACAUCAAUAGAUCUUUUGUUAUAAUAGGCAGUUUUCUUAAGUUGGAAGCAUUUACCAUUGCCAGCAUUACUUUGAACUUCUAGGUUUCUUUGCUCUUGUCACUGCCACUCAUCUGAAGACCUUCACAUAAGCAUUAAAAUAGCAAAAGAAAUAAAGCAGAUUGAUAGGCAGCUGUUUUCUUACAACAGUUGACACAAGUUAAACAUGAAAACAAAAUAAGAUAUCGUCAGUAAUUACAUGGCAUAAGAAACAGAGGCAUUCAUUUCCUUAUGUAUUAUAAUGCAAACUUCAUUGGUUGCCUUUAAUUUGGGGGAAGUGGUGGUUCUGAUUUACAGAUAACCCCAAGUCCUUUUUUCGACCCAAAUCCACAGUGUUAGGGAUUUUAUUUUAUUUUCCCAACUCUGGUGCAAUGAGUCUGUUAACAAGAAACAUUUAUGAUCUUCCAAAUUGUGGUUGGAAAUACUAGGAACAAGUACAGAUUCACCAGUCAUAGAGGCUACAUGCCAGGGCGUAGUGUGAACCAGCACUUGCCAAAAUCUUAAUCAUCUUCAGUUUCUGCAUGUCAGUGGAGAAUGCCUGCCAUUAUAUGGCCAAAAUGGUAGCACCCAUGGUUUGCAGAAGUUUUUUUUUAAAAAAAGUUAGGAAAAAAUAGUAUGGGGAACAGCCUCAUAAGGAUUUGAUGACACUAUGUUAGUCACAUCUGCACCAUAUAUUUAAAGCAUUGUUAUACCUCGUUAGUAAAAUAAUAAUAAAUCCUAGGUUACGGUAGUUUAAAGGUGCUGGAAGUUGUUAGGAGACCCACCUAUUCCCCUCACAGAGCUACAGUUGCCAGAGUAGUUUAACCACCAAUCCCUCUUCCCAGGGAACUCUGGUAGUUAAGUUAAUUGGGGGAAGCCUGAGUAAACAAAUACUUUUAAAACAGGCUCUGAAAUAACCAUGGAAUUGAAGCUUGCCUAAUCUUAAGAGGUAGGGGGCUGAAUACUGCAGCUUGGGUUCUGAGUGGUUUAUAUCGACCCUGCAGGGGUUUGAUGGUUGGGGGUUUGCCUAGAGAAGAGAGAGUACCUUACAACAUCCCUGCAGUGUUAUCCAUUGCUUUUAUCCUUGCACUGCAGGCUGGGCCUAGAGAAUAGUAUAUAACAACCAUGCAAUAUAGCUCACCAAUAUGCCUCUAUUCCAGGUAAGAGGACUUUGGUGAGAGUAGUGUACAGCAGCACUGCAAUGCAGUCUACUAUUAUCGCAUGCCAAAGGUGGGGUUACUUAAGUUGCUCCCUCGGACCUCUGCCCAGGGAAAUAAAAGCAUUAGUUGUGUGGAGAAGCCUCACCCUCUGUUUACUUCUAUGCAGACUGGUUGUACUUUCUAAUUAUUAUUUUUUUAAUUACACGUGAGGUAAGACCCAAGCUAAGCAGGGGCCGCUGCCUUCAGUGUUUCUUGAAGCCCUUUAGCUACAGACUCAGAUACACACAUCCCACACACCAUUUUGUUAUGGGGCCCCACUUGUCUAUUUCUUUAACAUUUCUCAUGUGCCUUAAUUUCCUAGGGUGAUAUAAGGUGGCAUCAGACCACAGAAAGUGAUUAGUGAGGAUAAGCAGGACUAGUAAUUUUUACACAGCGUGGUAUGUAGACUGGACAGCUAAACCCAAUGUUGAAAUCUUGACUCAACUUGCAUUAGCCCUCCAUUAAACAAUACAUGCAAACAAGUUUGAAACAGAGUAAGAUACAGGCUAAUGCUUAGUGUGGCUAGGCCUUCAAUUUCAGUGUCUGAGUACACGAAUGCAGCAUUGGUGUUCUGUGGGCCUCACUAUCACUGGCUUCGGGGAGUUGAUUUGAUUGAAGUUAUUGUUUCUUGGAUUGCUCUGUUAUCACCCCUGCAUAAAAAAGACACACCUUAAAUGUAAAAGUGAAAUGUAAUCUCGAAUCAGUAAAACUAUAAUGCUGCCAUUUAAAUCAUUUGAGUAUUGAGGGAUACGUUUUCUACAAUUGACCUAAAUACUGUAAUUACUUUCAGAUCAUUAUGUACAAUAGAGGUGAACAGGUUAUUCCUCCAUGAUCUCUAUAAAGUCCAGAUAAAUACAUUUUGGGGAGGGAUUUAUGUGUCAGAAUAAUUCUUUCUGAGAAGUGUUAUGAAUUAGCAGCUAGCUUUGGUUUCUUUUUUCUUUCUUUUUUUUUUUGUAGGGCUAAUGAUUUCACCAAAGCCAGAUACUGCACUGGAAUUUUUCCUGAGCAAAAAUAAGUCAGCAAGUUACACUGCUUAUGUGACAAAACUUCACGAAUUUUUAGGAGGUAUGUAUAAAUAUAUUUUGCAAGCAACUUAUUUAAAAUAUUAAGAGGAAUGAAAAGUAGCUCCCUUCCAUCUGUUAGGUCUAGAACGUGAACAGGUCAUUGUAUUUCCCCCCCUUGGAACUUUAAAAAAAAAUUUAAUUAUUGUGUAUAAAAAGUGAGAUAAAUUUGUUCAAAGUUUUGAGAACUACUGGCAAUCUGAACAGCAAGUCUUCUGAAAGUCAGUAGGCACAUCCUCUGUAUUUAAUUGAAACAUGUCAUAAACUGUGUAUACUCUGUGCUAAAAAGAAAAAUGGAUUCUGUGCCAAGUCAGCUUCUAUUCUGUAUUAAUAAUUUCUUACUGAAGGUUCUAGGCCUUACCCAACUUUUAGAAAAUUAUGUUGGUGGCUUAUUUCUUGCCUACAUAUGCUGCCAUCUUUCUUUGAGAGUGGAGACCUAGUUGCCAUCAGUCACACCUCUGUAGAUGCUCAAGAUUGGUCACUGCUGCAGUCGCUAUGAGACUGGUCUUGAAAAUAUUUCAUAAAUGUCAACUGGUAGAGAAUGCUGCUCGCUGUAUGUUGAAGGGAAAUGGGAGCAUAUUCCAUACCAGGAGACAGAGGUGCCAUGAGGCAGUGUGUCACUAGUGGAUGUGAAAAGGUUCUUGUAUGAUUGUCCAGGGUCCUUCUGGUGAAAGAGAUUGGGCUGCAAAGGUGUUCAGGAGCAGUGAGAAAUCUCCUAAAACCAGAGGGCUAACGCUGCACUGUAAACCAUACUUGGGAACCUUGGAGGAAAAAUGUACAACUAUGUAUUCAAAUAAUACAAGGCUGUAUAAUCCCAACCAUUUUAGCAUGUAAUAAACCUGUGUCAUUGCAGUCUACUUUGGAAGCUGGAGAUAUUUGUAUGCUACUUUGGUUGAAAGCCACUGGGCUGGACCUUCUGUCUUAAAUUAGUACAGUGCCUAGUUCUGCCAUCUAGCAUCAACAAGCUUUCUUCUGCCAUUAACUGCCAUAGAAGUAUGCCUUGAGUGAAAAGCAUGCCAAAAAAGCAGCACAUUUGCUACAUGGAUAGCACUUGGGGGUGUCAUUUGUGAUCUAAAUGGCCACCCUCCAAGUACUAAUCUGUGGGCUAGAACAGUCCAACCCCCUGCCAUACAUGGUUAUAAUGUUGGCAUUGUUUCUAUGUAUGAAAUGUAUGCCCUGUGCUAUGAGGUUACUGACUCGUGGAAAGCUAAGGAGCAAACAUACUUUGAAAAAUCUCUGCAAGGGGCAGGCCAACAGUGUUCUUGUUGCAUUUCCAGAAUGCAUGCCAUUCCAUGUGCAAUUGUAUUUAUAUGAGAGAACACAUGCAAGACUGAUUUCUGCCUUCCAUUAUAAAUGAAAUUGAGCAGACGUAACACACCCUAGUUAAUAUUUGGCAAAGCCGCCAGUGCUUUGGAAGCCGGAUCUAGGACUACUGGUCCUUCUAGACAGGGAAGGGAGUCAGGGAAUUGCAUCUGAAACUGGUGUGGUUUUCUCUGCUGUAUUCUUGGAUAGAAAGUUGCAGGACACUUCACACUGCCAGCUACAGUUUAUAAGUGGGCAUCUGGGAUACUUGUAGCAGUGCAUUUGGGUAGCUGAGAGGAGGGAAGAUUGGCAAAUUGCAACUGUACCUUGUCUAUCACCCAUUCACAGCAAGCAGAAGCAACUUAUCCACAGUUGCAGACUUCAUGAUGAAAUGGCAUGUUUUCCACAGGAAUAUUUUUAACGGUAUUCAGAUGAGUUCAGACUGAAAUUCUGCCUUGAACUGCUACAUGCACAUAAACACCAGUGUGCUACCCUUUGUGACUCCAUCUGUAACUGACAUUGUAACUGAUAAUUGUAGGCUGUGAAGAAAUGGGUAAAGUUUCUUGGUAAAGUUUAUUUAAUGGAAUCUUGUGAAUAAUCCCACAAACAUUAUGAACCUUCAGUUCUUUACUAGUCUGCUACUAUCCUGUGUUUCCUUACUGGCUGUGGAGGAGGUAGAGGGACAAGGUAGAGGGAUUCCUGUUUGUUGCCAGCAUGGAAGCAGAGUACAGACUUGAGCUAGGCAGAGAAGCAAGGACCAGGUUUUGCAGGAUUCACAAUAAGAUUGCUUCUCCUAGGUAAAUGCAUGACAUUAGAGUUGUAGAAAGAAGGGUAAUACAAUUUGUCAUGACUGUAAUAAGUAGUUGGUUGGGUUUGAUUAGAUUAAAUUGGUAAGACAUUAAUGAUUUAAUUAAUGAAUGAACUGUUGAGAUGAUUUAUGUUUUCUAGGUCCUGGUUUUAUAAAAAUGUGAUUGCUUUAUUAUGUUUUUUGUAACUUGAUUAUAGCCAAAAUCAAAAUAAAGUAUGUGUAUAAAAUAUAUAUUUAAAAGAAAGGAAAGAAGGAAUAAGAGUAUAGUGGUUCCUCUAGAUAGUGUAGUGGUACCUAUAGUGGUACCUCUAGAUGCGAACGGGAUCCAUUUCGGAGCCCUGUUCGCAUCUAGAAGCAAACGUAACCCGCGUCUGCGCGUGUCACGUUUUGGCGCUUCUGUGCAUGCGCAUGACGUCAUUUUGAGCGUCUGCGCAUGCGCAAGCGGCGAAACCCGUUACUUCCGGGUUGCCGCAGAGCGCAACUCAACGUGCUCAUCCCAAAGCAUAUUCAACCCGAGGUAUGACUGUAACUGCCCUUGCUGAUGAAAGGGAACAAAAUUGGUUUGGCCUUUCCUGGAGCAGAUUAUAUUGGGGUAUGGAUGUGCUGUACCAGUUCAAGUGUGCACUUGAUUCCUUAGUUUAGCCAAGAACCUGUUUACACAAGGUACACCCUCCUCCAUAACUCUUGUUAGAUUGGAUUUUCUUAGUGCAAGCCUAUGCAUAUUUAUUCUGCAGUAAACCCACUUGUUCGUUGCUUUAAUGUAAGUGUGCAUAGAGUUGCAGCCUUAAUUUUGCAGCACUGGGGACACAGGAAUGGAUGAAAGUGGUGGAACUGCCCAGCAUCAAAACUAGAAAUCUGAUGGUUGGGAACUUAAGUAAAGAGAUGGUGUUAAGUAGCUGUGCUCUGCUUCCCAUGCUUAGGCAUGCUCAUAUUUAUUGUUUUACAUGUUGCAGGUGAGAGUAGAAAGAAGGGGGGCAAAUAAAGGUGACAUAAGGUGAAAAGUGAGUUGACAGACAGAGCAUAAGAGACAGAGAAAGGUGAACGAAGGUGGCAGAGGUGAUGACAGGAGGAAAGUGAGAGGAGAAAUGAAUAGAAGGCAAACGAGAGAGGAGCUGAAAGUAAGAGAAGGUGACUGAGAAAGCGAAGGCAAGCUACAGUGGAAGGAAAGAUGAAUGAAAGAGGAGAUUGCAGCAAGCGUGGAUGCUUUUUUUGAUAAGAACAAUGCAGACUUGAAUGUACUGUUGACAUGCCUUUAUUCAGUAUGAAAUACAAUCUUCACUGCAGGGAGAUAUCCCAGAAAGUAAAAAAGAACAACUAGUAAGUCUGUCUGCAAGUUUAACCAUUGUUGUAUUAAAUAUGGUCUUAUUUGUAUUGAGAAAAGUAACUUGCCAAUAACACAGUGUGUGACACAUGCUGAAAGAGUAGCAACUAAGUUGGAAACCAUCAAAUUUGUAUAGGCACUUAGAAACACUGCAGUUAAGCUGUAAAGAGAAAACUGCUAAAUUCUAGAACUUCAUUGGAACGUACACGAAAAGCCUCAUUUCUGGUAUUGUAUUGGAGACUUUUAUUGGCAACUUCCAUUUUGUGUGCCCUGAAAUACCUGGUAUAGCAAUGGCUUUGAAGCUGAAAUCUGUACCUUUGUCAGGCACCACAAUUGAUUUUUUUAAAAGGUUUAUCUCAAAAGAUAAAACUAUAAAAUCAUGAAAAAUUUACAACUAUACUUGAUGACAAUCCUGUUUUAAGACUACAGAUAGCUCACUAUAUAUAAAACGAAGCAGGCAUUUUUGAAUGCCACUAGAUGCAUCGGUGGAUGCUUAAGCAUAUUCUUCUUGCAGCUGCGAUGUAUGUUUUAGCAUAUGAAUGGUUAAGACAGAGGAAUCUUUUAUCUCAGUUCUUAACAUUAAACACCAAAGCACUAAGAUCAGUAAGAAAAUUUGCCUGGUCUUCAAAAAUUUUCAGCUACCUCCACCUUAGUGCUGAAAUAGGGAGGACUGGAAAUGCUGAUUUUGUGUGUUGGUGUAUAAGAGCAUGUGCACAUAAACAUUGGCCGUGCCCACUGCUGAUGUAUGGCUUUUGGGAGGGGGGUGCUGAUAGUUGAUACAUUCCUUGGGCCAAAAAAGGUUAGCCACGCCUGUUUUAGAAGAACAAAUGGAUAUUGUUUUAUUAUGUUCUUUUUAUUGUGUGUUUUGUGUUUUCGUAAAGUAAUAUUUCCCCUGAGUCUCAAAUUUUAAUAUCAGAUCUAUAAUUGCAUUCAGUUAUUUACUCGGUAGGGACGUGGGUGGCGCUGUGGUCUAAACCACUGAGCCUAGGGCUUGCCAGUCGGAAGAUCAGCGGUUCGAAUCCAUGCAACGGGGUGAGCUCCCGUUGCUCGGUCCCAGCUCCUGCCAACCUAGCAGUUUGAAAGUAUGUCAAAUUGCUAGUAGAUAAAUAGGUACCGCUCUGGUGGGAAGGUAAACGGCGUUUCUGUGCGCUGCUCUGGGCUCGCCAGAAGUGGCUUAGUCAUGCUGGCCACAUAACCCAGAAAAACUGCCUGCGGACAAACGUCGGCUCCCUCGGCCAGUAAAGCAAGAUGAGCACCGCAACCCCAGAGUAGUUCGUGACUGGACUUAACUGUCAGGGGUCCUUUACCUUUUUAUACACUUGGUAGGUAGGUAGAGGAACAAGAAUAAUAAUAAAUAAAACUUAAGUUUUCAAGAAGACAUACUUUAAAGUUACCCUAGCAACAGCUGAGAUUGAAAAUGCCACCUAAUGGCUGAAGAUUUAUAGCAUCACCUUUAUAGCAUCACCACUCUGCUCUGCCAGCUGCUGCUGAUACAUUUGUACUUUAUCCUAUUGGGGGUUUGCUCUUGUAUGUUUAUUUUUGUGUUUCCUGUCACCUGUCUGGUCCCCAGAUCUGUCAGACCCUUAAGGGUGAGCAAGUUUAAAGCUUCUGGAUGGGAAGCUCUUAUUUUCCUCCAGCAGUUACUGAGCUUCUUGUUUUUGGCACAUGUCCAACAUCUGGUAUCACUUCUUGUGGGCCGCAAAUGGGCCCACACCAGGCCUUAGAGUCGUAGCCCUUAUUCUAGUGGGAGCUUGGAGAGUGGGCAGUGAGGAUCUCUUGCUCUUUUGAGUAGAUCAAAGCUCUUUACAAAUCAUCACAAAUUUAAUCAGUGCAAUGAUAAUAAAGCACAUGUUGCACCAUGCUUGGACUUUAAUGAGCUUAAAAUUCUAAAUCCAGCAGGAGACAUCAGUUUUGCAAUGAAUUAAAACCAGUAGCAUCUGUUACCAUUUGGUGCCAGCUACCUUUUGAGCUAGUUUUCAGCAAAGAUGACCUUGAGAUUGCUAACAGGUUCCAGCUCCAGAUGCAUGGACUUUUGAAACUUUUUGAUUCUCAUGUUGCAGCUAGGCUUCUAGGUGGAUUUCAGCUAUUAACAAAUUGAAGGCCACUGCACAAAUGCUACAGCAGUGUUAACUGAACCGCAUGGCCCCAGUGUCCCCACAUCAUACUUUUCCAGUAGACUUCAAGCAAUCUAUAUUUCAUUAGUUCUUUCUGUCCUUCACUUCAGGAAGAGUAUUUAUUGAAUGUGUGUUGUAGUCAUCUGGUGAAUACUGAAUAUUGAAUGUGUGUUACUUUAUUUCAAAGCUUGGAAAUCAUUCUCCAAAUUCUUUGAAGCUGUUAAGUCAAUAGUUUUUAUAUGUAUUGAAUUAAUGAGUGCGUAAUGUGAUGCAUUGAAUUGUUUCCCCCAGCGUAUAAUGAAUCAAAGCAGGUGGAUAACAUCCUGUGUACUCCAGGACAACUCUUUGUACAGGAUUCUGAUGCUGAAAAAAAAGUGUGCAAAUUUAAUCGUUCUAACUUGGGACCAUGCUCUGGACUACAAGAUGCAACUUUUGGUUAUGCUAAAGGAACACCAUGUGUUAUUGUAAAAAUGAAUAGAGUAAGUAUAUUGACUCUUUAUAGCUUUCUAAAAUUUACCUAUGUUUCUGCUGGCAACUGCGUUUCAAGUGGAAGGAUAGUUUGUAGUGACAGCUGGCCCUUGCAAUCAGGCAGCAUCACUUAAGGCAUGUCUGUGUUCACUCUAGUGCACCUAUGGAACACCUGCAUGAGCAAGCUUCUUAACUGAUACCCAUGUUGGAGUGCUUUAUAGGUGCCGUUAGAAACGCCUGUGGAGCUACCCUCAGUUUUGAAUUUGGAGAGAAAGCAAUUGCAUACCUGUGUCAUUUCUUUCAGGCUAAUUUUAUUACAUUUUUACUGCAUAAAGGAGCAGCAUUUUGUCCUGUUUUCCCUUCGUAUCCCCAGGAGCUUAGAAAUCAUGUAACUUUUGUGCUUUAGAGCACUAAACUAUUAGCAGUAUAUUUCUAGGCUGAAUGCCAGUACUGCUACUGCUAAUAACAAGGGCCUUACCUGCGUCAUGCAAGAGAUUAUCUGCCAGUUGGCCAAAAUUGUUCGUCACAAAACUAUACAAAACCGUUUUAAUGUGUCUUGCUAGAAAGAAAGAUAAGGGCUGUGAUUUGACUUACUGCAACCUCUUGCUGCAGACUUUUUAGCUAAAAUAUUUCAUUAUUCGGCAGUUGACUGCAUGUUAUGUGACAUGUCUCUUGCAUAUGCCAUCUGGAUUCAGCUAUUAAUGUUACAUGCCUAAUUUGAAGUAAUGAACUGCUGCUGCUCAAAAUGUCAUGUGGAAGUGGAACCCUCUGAGUGCUGUUGUGGCUGUACUUUAAAACAGGGCAGUUCUGCAGUACCUGAUCCGGAAGACUCUGCUUAUUAAGAUUUUGCUUCCUUAUUGAGAACUCUCUUUUUCUGUGCAAAAACCAUUGCAUAGGUAACACAGCUGUUGGAUAAGGCACACAUUUGUUGCACAUCUUACAAAACUGUUAUGACUGAGUUGAUUACCUUAAUGAGAUUGCAGCAGAGCCCAACUUCUGCCUCUUGUCAAAUCUUAUUGGCAGUGAUGCUAGGAAAGAGGGAGAGGGGCAUUGCAUGUGUGUUCAACAUGCCAAAGCUGCUUAUUUUCAGCAGGCACAUUAGGAGACAAUAUUUGUGGAUUUGUACAUUUGGUGUUUGCGAGUGGGCCUACCGAAAAUAAGCAGCUUUGGCAUAGUUGAACUUGAAAAGCUGCCUUUCAUUACCCUUUCCCCUGAAACUCUGAAUAUACAAACUUCUUAAUUUGGGAACAGUAACUUUUCUGUAAAGUGGAUCACAGAAAAAUUAACCUUUUGAUAAAGAGAAUUCCUUGCAGCCUUGCUAUAAUUCACUUUUUUCCACAUUUACAACAUAACUAAUAAUGUAUUCCCUUCACCUACAAAAAGGAGUUUAUAGAGAUUCUUCUACAUUUCAGAUAAUUGGAUUAAAACCUCAAGGAAUGCCAGCUAUAACAUGUGAAGCUAAGGUGAGUAUUUUCAGAUAAGAAUGUGCAUAUAUUCAUGUUGUUAAAGCAAGUUUAGGGAAGCAAAUUUACUAUAAAGUCAUAGAUGUUGUGAGUAUUUUUAGUCCUUUGUUCAUUUAUAAAAGCUAGCAAUUUCUCUUUUAUCUUUGGGUCAGUUAGUUGCUCAGCUUGAAAGUGUUGUUUUUAUAGUUUUCAUUUAGAAUAGAUAUUAUGGGUUCCUCAUAUUUACUUUUUUCUUUUGUUCCAUUUCAUAACCAACAUUUUGUUUUUCUCUGCAUGCUGCAAAUGCACCUUACACAAUAUAUUUAUGGUGGGUAAGAAAAUGAACAAUGAAGUAGUUUAGAUUAUAACAUCUUAGCAUUUGAAUUGUUCAUCUGUAAGCACACUCCAUUUUCUUCAAAAUCUGUUUCUUUGUUAUAAAUGUUCCAUGUGCUUUAAAUGUUUAUCUGUAUGCAGAUUUUUGUGUGUGUGAGUGAGAGAAAGUAAAUGCAGGUUCCUUGCCCCCCCAAUUCAGAGUUGAAUGAAUUUGUUUUUCAGAAGCAUGUGUCCUUCUCAUCCCUUAUUCCUAUGCAGCAAAUCCUUCCCUGCUCUGAAUCUAAAUCAAAGCUGGGUUCUCAAAGUAAUUUUAGAUUGAAUCAGCUUCAUUAAAAAGAAUUAUUGGUUUUUAUAAAAACUACAAAAGAAUCAGUUUUAAUUUGAAUUAUAAUUGUGAGGGCCACACCGCCAAGGUGAGGGAAGUGAGAGAGCAGGGUGUAUGCGUGACUAAUGUCUUGAUCUCAAAAGCAAGGCUCAAUUAAGACUAGAUACUUUAGAAAUGAGCAAAAAAAAGACAGAUAUAAUUAUUGUUACAAAUACAUAUAGUAUCCAAGUGAAACUAAUAAAUAUAAUCUGCAUACAUACUAUAAGAAUAUUAUAUGUGCAUGUGUGUAUGCCACCUGUACAUAUUUUUCUUACUGCUUUGACAGUGGCCCAGAUUGCUCAUGCUUUCUCCUCCUGAUACAAGCCAGAGCAACAAACCACAUUUCCUGGUUUAGAAUUUCAUCCGAACAUGGUUAUUUCACUCAGACCAUAAUUGGUAAGCUAAGAACAAACCUUGGCUUCAAAUCAUGGUUUGCUUGGUGCAAAACAACCUGUGCGGGGGGGGGGGGGGUUUGCAAAGCACAUGCUCAUUCAGAGUAAACCUUUAACAAUAGUGUACUGUGUUGUGUGAACACUGCUAAUAUUGUAUCUGUAAAACCUUUGCACCCUUUUAACCCAAUUUAGCAAUGUGUUCUAGGUGUGGAAGUGCUGGCACAAAAAUUGUUCUGGGUGUAAAGCUGGUGUUGAUUGUUUUCAGACAUCUAAAGUCCUUAUUUGUGUAGAUGUGUUUACAUCCAUAAUUGUCUUUACAUGGGUUAACACUUGUCAUGCAUGUGACUGACAGAUUAAAAAGAACAUUAAUAAUGGCCCCUAGAUGACACCUUGAGAUGUGGUGUAAUGGUUAGAGCAAAGCUUUCUAAACUCUGUGUUGUGACAGAUUAGUGUGUCAGCUGCAGUGUCGCGUUAAUGCUCCCUUUGCUCUUCCCGGGACUGAAAAGGGGCUAGUUUAACCUCCGGUUUGUUGGUAAAACUGAACUACUGUGUUGUGAAAUGAUGCAUGUCUAGAAAGUGUGUCAUUGACAUGCAAAGUUUGGAAAGCUCUGGGUUAGAGUGUUGGACUAUAACUUGGGAGACUAGGGUAUGAAUUCCUACUCAGCCAUGAAGCUCACUGGGUGACCUUGGGCCAGUCACUAUCUCUUAAGACUAACCUACCUCACAAGCUUGUGAAGAUGAAAUGGGGUGGAGAACCAUGUACACCACAUUUUAGUUACUUGGAAGAUAAAGAAUGGAUAUCACGAAGGCAGUGUAUCAUAUGCAGCAUAAUUCUUUUAGCUACUCCAUUUCCUCUUUGCCAGCCUAUGCUGUUCUGUACUUCUGAAUCAAAGAGAUGUGUUUCACCUUAUGUGACCCAAUAGUGAAAUAACAUUCAUUUUACCUCCUCCUGCUUCUUUCUGUCCAAUAGCUUAAAAUUAGGAUCACACCAGAAAGCAGCUGUUGUAACUAAAGUGAAAUAUACUGUGUAAUGUUUUCCCCAAACAUUUUGUACUAUAUACGGCAUGCUGACUACUUGGAACAGUUGAAGUUUUAUACCUGUGGUGAGAUACAACUUGUUGCUUGACAUGCUUUCCACAACUGACGUUCUCUGCUAAAUUCAAUCAACAGAAAAUUUAAAGUGCAUAGUUUUCAUCCAGCUUUCCCCACAAUGGUUUAAUUUAUGCAAAUUAAAAGAACACUAGCUCUUGCUUCACCAUAAUUUUUCUCAGCUCUUAUUUUUGGUGAUGGAAUAUACUGGCUUUGAUGCAUGUAUCAUGAUGCAUUAGUUGCAAGGCUGAUUCAGGCAUUAUUUGGGAGCAUUUUCUUUCUUUUUAGUGGAGGAUUUUGUUAUACACCAGGCCAGACUUGGAGGGUCAGAAGAGUUCCAUCUCCUUUAUCAGAAAACUUUAUUCAUGUUGCAGCAGGCUUAGAGGCUUUGCUCCUGGUGUUGAGCCAGAGAAACAGAUUGCAGAUGAUUGAUGCUGAAUGUCCUUUCCAGUGUUGAUGAGCCUGAUAGACUCCCUUGUAUUCUAGGAAGCUGUGGUCCAUGAAUCAGGCUGCAUGAAAACUAGAGUGCAAGUGGCGGAAGUCUCACCAUGAAAUGGAAUGAACACUGGUUAUGUUAGUGCACAUAAUCAUGCCUAGCAUAUGGUAGUGUGAAUAGCAAAGUAGGUGCUCUUCACAGUCUGCAUUGCAUCCUCAAGCAGAGACUAUUUCAAGUAUUCUGCACCUGCACCAGUAAUCUGUAUGCCUCGUUAACUGGUUGAGUUCUAUGUGUUGUAAGCACUUCAUUGCAUAACUUGGAAAGAGGCAGUAGUUUGGAUUUAAGUAUCAACCAGUCAUAAAUAUCCCCUUUUUAGGGAUGGUGAUAGACAAUAUUGUGGAGGAGCAGUCAGACUUCCUUGGAUGAUACGGAUUAUCACCCAUUCCAUUCAUGGUUCAGUCUUGAAACAGUCCUGGUCGCCCUGAUAGAUACUGUAUUUUUCGCUCCUUAAGACGCACCUAGUCCGUGCCUCCUCCGCGUAAGAUGCACAGACAUUUCCCCUUUCUUUUUAGGAGGAAAAAAGUGUGUCUUAUGGAGUGAAAAAUACGAUAAUGGGACAAAAGAAGUGUGACCUUGCUCUUUUUUUCACAGAUCUGUCUGGUUUCUGGACCAGCUUCAUGUGAUAGGUAUUAGGGAUCCCUGUGUUCCACUACUACCUGUGUGGAGGAUUUUCAUCCCCCUGGAGUGCUACAGGGCACUAACAGGGCACUAAUCCCCAAUGCCAUUUAAUACCCACAUGAAGCUGUUGAGAGCAAGGAUGCUUAUGACACUCAGUUCUAUUUCUUCAAAACUGAAUCAGGUGGUCAUAGGGACCCUGAACCAGGGUAUUGGUGGGCCAGAAGAGGGAAAAUAACUGAGCUUCAAUCCUGAUAGACAGAGGAGCAAGAGAAAUCUGCUAAUUGCCUUAUCUGGAUGUAGUUGCACUCUUUUUGAAGGAUCAGAUGCAUAGUCUGGGGUUGCUAUUGAAUCCAGCUUUGUCACUAGAGGCCCUGGUGGAUAGGACAACCUUCUACUAACUUCCCUAGUAUACAACAGCUGUGGCUGUUCCUAGACCAAGAUAGCUUGACCAUAGCAGUCCAUGUAUUGGUUACUUCAGUGCAUUCAAUGUAGGGCUUGCCUUGUGGUUGGUUCAGAAACCACAGUUAGUGCAGAAUACUUCAGAGCAAUUGUUGACAGCAGUGGAAUCCUGCCAACCGAUUAUACCACCUCUGCUCAAAAAUCUGCACUGGAUACUUAUUUGCUACUGAGUUUAGUUCAAGGUUUUACUGUUUGUGUACAAGGCCUUUCAUAGUGGGGCUGGUGUACUUGAAAGACCACUUUGUCCUGUUCAUUCUGUGGAAUAUAUAAUGUUCUUUCUACAUUUGUGAAGUCUGUUUUCUAGUAUGGCAGCUCAUUAGCCACACACCCUUUCUGUACUGUUUUAGACACCUGCUAAAAACUUCUUUAUUUCAGCAAGCCUACCCAGACAUAUAAUUUAGUUAAGUAUACAUGUUUUAAAAUUUUGCUGAUUCAUGUAUAUGUGGAUUUAAUUAUAUUUUAUGUAUACUACAGAUUCUUUUGAUUGAGUGGUUUAUAUUGUUUUCUCAAAUUAAGAUUGCAGGCAGCAUGGAAACACAUGGCAUAUACUUCCAAGUGCAUAAUAUGUCAGUGGCCAGUGUUUUUCUUUUCUUUUUCCAAAUACGAUGGACACUGUCUGCUUAAAAUAAGUAGGCUCUUUGGAAGCUGAACAGUUCAGUGAUUUGGACAUUCCAAAAGAUGUCUCUUCCAUGUAGAUCUAGAGGUGAUCAAAGUCUGAAUUGAGUCUAGACACAUAGCCACAUUGCUGGGGUAUCAAGAGAGGCAGGCUCUGAAUGGAUAAUGCCUGACACAGUGGCACUAAGAAAAGGGGUGGUGUCAUCCCCGUGGUCAUUGCAAUGACAGGAAAUCACAGCUUUUAUGACAUCCAUGGAAGCAUUUUCUGUUCUGUUUGUGCGGUUGUGAAAUGUUGUGCAAAGGCUGCUCAGGUAGCAUGUGCUGUGGUUGCAAGGUCUGUGAAGUUUGUUGAUACUACUAUUUCACUGUUACACUUGUGUGUUAUAGCACACGUCUUUUUAUUUGUCAUUUAUUACUUACAUGCCUACCCCCUUCCCACCACACAAGUAUUGAAGUUUUUGUACUUUAAAUGAGGAGGUAUUGUUGGCUUGGACUUACUUGCAAGUAUUGUUUUACUGGACAAGGAGUAGCACUGAAGGGCAUGGCUUGCUUUUUACUUUGUCCUGCUUAGUAACUACCAUCAGGUAUUUUAUUUGUAUGGCAUUGCUGGUUACACUUGACCUGAUAACAAAGGGCUAAGCAAGCUUAACUUUGUGUGUCUGGCUUUCUGAAUAUUCACCCUAACAUCAUUUUAAGCGAACAAAAUAAAGGGUUUAACUAUAUUUAUUGUGCAUUUAUUUUUGCUUGCCCACAAACUGUUUUUUUAAAAAAACUUUCUAUUUUAAAAUAUAUAUAUAAUCUCCCAUCUAUAGGAACAAGGCAAGGCUAUGAUAACUACUUUUCCUCCUGAGGGAAAACUUGAUUUAAUGUAUUUCCCGUACUAUGGAAAAAGAUUACAUGUGAGUAUAUCUAAAUUGUGCUGCUUUUCCUCAAAACAAUUUACUGAAUACAAUCUUUUGAAACUGUUAUUUAAACUAACUAUUGUUAUUUAACUAGACUGCCUGCAACUGAACAUCACUCCCUGUGCACUUCUUUAAAUUUGUGAGGGUGGGUUGGUAGUAAGCUAGCAUUCAGACUUGAUACUGCCCAGCCAAGGAGCCACAAUUCAUCCCUUUAGGCCUCUCCACCUGUUGGUUCAUAUGUUAUACGAGAGUUCUGCUAUUGGGCCGUAAGUGUGCCCAGGGCUAAAGGGGCAUGUUGCAGUACAGUAUUCCAUGGGGCACUGAAAUUGUAAAUGAGGCUCUUGCUCAUAGGAGGGCCCUGUGACCCUAUGGAUGUUGCUGUACUCCCAAUAUCAUCCUUUGUGACCAUUGGCUAUGUUAGCUGGGGCUGAAAGGCAUUGGCAUCCCCGAUAUAUGUUUUACCAUUUAAUCUAUUUUCUGUCAUUUUCCAGUAAGAAAAAGUUGAUGGCUGAGACUGCAAUGUUUUAUGCAUGCUUGGGAACAGGAAGUGCCGAAUACAGCAUGACUGCUUGCUUCUGAAUAAGCAAUAAUAGAUAAAGCUGAAAGUCUCACAAGCCCAUUUGCCAGUGCUGCUGUGUGCCCAACAUUUGCUUGGUCUAAAAAUGAGAUGUGAUUUGGGGCAAUUAGGGCGCCUUCAGGAGUGUUAAAAGCCUGCCUUUAUUAUUUUUAAUUAAAAAGAUCUUCUCUCUCAUUCUCUCUCACUAGCCAAACUACUUACAGCCACUAGUAGCUGUUCAACUAGAAUUUAACACAACCAGUACCAAAGAAGAUGUAACGGUUGAAUGCAAGAUCACAGGAUCAAGCAAUUUAAAAAAUGAAGAUGAUCGUGACAAGUUUCUGGGACGCGUUUCCUUCAAAUUUCUGAUAACUGAAUAGAAGUCAACAGUGUCUUCACAAAGUAAACCUUGUGUGAUUUUUUUUUGUAUCAGCGGGACCUGCCAUUCUAGAAGAUGAGACCACCUUUGAGAAGCAUAGGGUGGGACGUGGCAUUCAGGGUAGCAUAAUAAUGUGCUUCCAAAUCAUGUUUUAAAUCCUUCACAAAAUAACUGCAUGUCAUGCUUUUGCCUGCCCUGUUGGACCAGUGUACAGACAUAGUUUGUCAUUUUAGGGACCUGUAAAUAACUUGUAAUCAUGGUGGUCUUUGUCCUGUUCCAAAAUGUGGGCUUUAUCCCCAAGUGAGUGUCUCAAAUGUGCUGUGCUAUGUAAAUAUUGUAUUGGUUUAACACUGGUUUAACUAUCAUAUCAAUACCAACACAGUUUUAGGAGAAAAUUUCAAACUUCCCAACCUCUCAUAGUGAGUUGUGUUUUGUGCAGGGAUGCCUUAAGUCCUGUAUUGAGUUGGAGGAAGUGGACUUUAAGUGUCAAAAAUCAAUACUAACAUUAUUUAAAUACUGAACUAGUCUGUUGUGCUUGUCAUCAUGCAGGUAUUGUGUGUUUGUGUAAAGUUUGGUCUAGAUUUGAUAUUUUAGUUGAGAAACUGAUUGUCAUCGUAUUAAAUGCUUGCUGUUAUGUGGAGCACAGAUAAAACCAAUACAAUGUCACUUUUAAAACAUUUUUAGUUGAACUAUUGGUAUGAACAUUUCUUUAUGUUUAUGGUUUAGAAACUUGGUAAUGGUUGUACUGCAAAGCUGCUUGGAAGAAAAGACCUCACUAUGUGGGAGUAGACUUACACUUUCCAAUAAAAAAAAUCCCUGGAAGGAGAAAUGUCUGUUUAAAAUUUUAAAGCUCAAAAUAAGGACUGUAUUGAUUAAACAUUCCUUUGUUUAAUUUAUAUAGUUUGGGAUGAGUUAUGUUCUAUGUUUUGCUGCUGGGUAUGCACAAUCACACACUAACAACCUUUAAACUCCAAACUUUGUUUCAAAGGUUGAGAAGUCCUCUCUUCAUUCUCAGAUAUAAGAUCUUUUAAGCCAGGCCUUCCUAGGAAGGGAGCUGCUCAGAGCAUGGCCAUUAUGAAAUUUGUAACCAAUUCCAGUAGGUGUGUGUAUAUGAUAGAGAAUUUGGAAAUGAAGGUGCUAAAUGGCCAGAAAAUGUAAAAAGAUACAGUCCAACAAUUUUGUGUAGAGCUUAAAUGUGUACAAGAUGAGCACAAGGGACCAUUUCAAGCAACAUUCAUACUGAGGUUUUGUUAUAUAGGUGUGGCAGGGGAAAACAUUGGUCUUCAGCUCUGAAACUAAUAGAAUCAAAUUAAUUAUGUCCUAGUUCAGCAGUUUUACAAUACAAAUUCCCAUGACCUUUCCUUUGUUAAACUUAUGCCCUCCAGAGCAAAGCUGUUAGGCAGUUGUGUCUAACUAAAUAACUACUGAAGCACCUUGAAGACUACCUCCACUACAGCUCCUGAAGUUGUUUGCAUGGAAGAGACCAAAAAGGAAAUUAAGUUCCAUCCUGCAUUCUCAACCCUUAUUUUUAGUCUGGAAUCCUUGCCUGCUCAGAAUGAUUAGCACAGAUAACUACACAAACAUCCUCCUACAGAGUGGCUUGCUCAGCUUUCUGUAUCGCUACCCCUUUUGGAUUUGAGCUAAUUCCUACAAACUAUAGUUUAACUUUAAAUUUAACUUUAAAUUUGGACCUAAACCCUUGUUGGAAUGGUUUGCUAUUCUAGGGAGAGAAAUGGUUUACAUGGUGAGAACAUUUGUGGAUUUCUGUUAAGGGAAUAUCUGUCCUUUACUAAUGCUAUAUAAUUGUGCAGCAAUUGGCUGGAUAUAUAGAUUGCAAAUGUAAGGAAUCUGCUCCUAAGGCAACCUCUGCAGUCAGUAAAUUUGCUAGUUAUUCCCAGGCUUAGCUUACCAUAAUUUUCAUUAAUUACAAACUUUAAAGGGGUGAAGGGUCCAUAUAUGCAUCUUUAUGCAGCAUACUACUACUGAACUUGUAAAGCAAUGUGCAUAGGAGAAGAAUAAAAUUCAGGUUAAAAGUUAUGUAAUGUGCCAUUGCUUGAAAUAGCUGUGGGCCUCUUCUGUGCAUACAGCAGAUGCAUUUUGACAAACACAAAUGCAAUCGUAGCUAAAGCAGAACAAAAUCCACUCUGAAGCCUCUCCAGCUACUGGAGGUUUUAGAGGCCCAUGAGCCCACCUCACCCUAUUUAUCAUAGCUUUUGCAUUUGUCCUAUUUAUAAGGGGGACUAACAAGCAGCAGCUUUACACAGUAUCAACUUGCUGAAGUCACACACAGAAGAGUGGCUAAACAGCCCUUUCCUCCCUCCCCUUCUCUCACUCAGCUAUGGGAAAUACCACUUGUGUGAGUGAUUAAUUGAACUGAGAUACAGUGGUGCCUCGCAAGACGAAAUUAAUCCGUUCCGUGAGUCUCUUCGUCUUGCGGUUUUUUCGUCUUGCGAAGCACGGCUAUUAGCGGCUUAGCGGC